GGAAGUUCGAGAUACAAAGCUCAUGACAAGGAAGCCCACCCUUCCCAGCGCCCCCGGACCGCGGUCGGUGCCUGGCUGUCGGCAGCAGCUGGGGCUCCUCGCGGCUCUGUGCCGCCCCAGGUGUCCCACGCUCGCCAGGUGCCGCUGGCAGGGGGAGGCGGCCCGGGCGGGCCGCGGGCGCCUCUGCCGGGGCCGGGCGGCGCUGCCGCUCCCCGCGCCGCGCCUCCUCCGCCUGCCAGGCGGGCGGGCAGGCACCGGGAGAGGGAGAAGGAGAGGGAAAGGGGAAGGGAGGGCGCCGAGCUCGCCGCCGCCGCGGAGCAGUGGCAGCGCGGCCGGCCUGGGCGGCAGCCGGACCCGCGGCAGCGGCAGCGCCUCUGCCCGCCCGGGGCCGCCUCGGCGGCCAGCGGAGCCCCCGCCGGCCAUGGAGCUCUCCCUGCGGCUGCUCCUGGCGUCCUGCCUCUCGCUGGGGGCGGCCGGGGAAUUUGACAGAAGGUGGCCCAGACAAAUGGUCUCGUCGGCAGGACUGUGUCGCUUUGGAAGCAGAAUUGACUGCUGCUGGGGCUGGGCCCGAGUGGCCUGGGGACAGUGCCAACCAUUCUACGUCUUAAGGCAGAGAAUAGCCAGCCUAAGGUGCCAGCCCAAAGCUAUAUGCCAGCCAGGGUGCAAACACGGUGAAUGCAUUGGGCCAAACAAGUGUAAGUGCCACCCAGGAUACACUGGAAAAACUUGCAACCAAGAUCUGAAUGAGUGUGGACUAAAGCCGCGGCCGUGCAAGCACCGGUGUAUGAACACCUACGGCAGCUACAAGUGCUACUGCCUGAACGGCUACAUGCUAAUGCCAGAUGGAACGUGCUCAAAUGCCCUUUCCUGCCUGAUGGCAAACUGUCAGUAUGGCUGCGACGUGCUGAAAGGGGAGGUGCGCUGCCGCUGUCCUUCUCCAGGGCUGCAGCUUGGGCCUGAUGGCAGGACUUGUGUGGAUAUUGAUGAAUGUGCUACUGGGAGGGUUCUCUGCCCACGAUUCAGGCACUGCGUCAAUACCUUCGGGAGCUACAUUUGCAGGUGUCAUAAAGGCUUUGACCUGAUGUACAUUGGAGGCAAAUACCAGUGCCAUGAUAUAGAUGAAUGUUCCCUUGGCCACCACCAGUGUGGUAGUUUUUCACACUGCUACAACACUCCAGGAUCCUACAAAUGCAAAUGUAAAGACGGGUACAGAGACAAUGGAACAAACUGCAUACAAAGGCCAGUGACCAGACCAACAGCUCGUCCGACACCUGGGCCAGCAACUCGUCUGGCACCUGUGCCAACAACUCGUCCUACGCCUGUGCCAACAACUCGUCCUACGCCCGUGCCAACAACUCGUCCUACGCCUGUGCCAACUCAGCCUGCACCCAGGACAAGUCGACUGACACCCAAGCCAACCACGAGAUACGUGCCAGUGACAACAAGGCCGGUCACGACACCAGUGGUGAAGCCUCCACCUCCAACAACACCUCAGCCUACAACGGUGAGACCUACACUGCCACCACAAAGAACUCCUCUGGUAACAACUGAAGAGCCUGCACAUGUUCCCAUUGAAACCACAUCUUCCCAAGGAGUUAUAGAUGACAACAGGAUCCAGCCAGAUCCUCAGAAACCCCGAGGAGAUGUGUUCAUUCCACGCCAGCCUGGAGUGAGCAAUAAUCUGUUUGAAAUACUUGAAAUUGAGCGAGGGAUUACAGCUGAUGAAUUUGAAGCAAAUGAUGACCCAGGUGUGCUGGUCCACAGCUGUGAUUUUGACAGUGGACUGUGUGGAUGGAUGAAGGACAAAGAUGAUGACUUGCACUGGGAACCAGUGAGAGAUGUAUCAGGGGGCCAGUACCUCACCAUCUCCGAUCCCAAAGGGAAAGAAGGAAGAGCAGCACAUCUCAUCCUGCCGUUGGGCCACGUGGCUCAGGCUGGAGAUUUGUGCCUGUCCUUCAGGCAUAAGGUGCCCGGGCUGCAUUCGGGUGCCCUGCAGGUCUUUGUGAGGAGGAGUGGUGCUCAUGGCCCAGCUGUCUGGGGGAGAAACGGUGGCCAUGGCUGGAGACAAACACACCUCACCUUACCAGGGGCAGGCAUCAAGAGUGUUAUUUUCAGAGGUGAGAAAGGGAAAGGAAGAACUGGGGAUAUUGGACUAGAUGAUGUGGUCUUGAGGAGAGGACGCUGCUCUGGAGAGCAUUAGCCAAGACAGUGGACCAGCAGUCAUCUCCUCUUGCCCUUCUCAUGCAAUUCCCACAAAACUUUGAAACAGAACUGCAUGAAAAAGAAGAAAAAGUGGGAGAGCAGCAACUUCUUAGUUGUUUGCUAAGUGCAAUCUCAUGGAAAUUUCACUUAAAUACAUGGAGAGCACCUCCCAGGAUUGAGGAAAUCCAAUCUCAGGCUGGUUCUUUCUAUUAAUCCUUACCCCUAAAUCAUAUAUUGUAUGUUAUAACUUUGUUCCCUGUUAAGUCUGGUGAGUGCUCAUGGAAAGAGCACUGGUGAAAAAGGGAGAAUUACUUACCAAUGGUAGCAAAAGAAACCUCCAUCUCUAAGUUUGUGUUAACUGACAGCCAUUGUCAUCCCACAAUGCUAUCUUUCAUUAAUUAAUUUGUGUGAGUCGCAUUGGAUUAAUGAAAGUCUGGACCUGAGCUCUGGCUUACUGCCACUGACCAUUGAAGAAAGGUUUUUCAUAUAUGAAAUAGCAUUUAUUUUGCUGUUGCAUCUGUAUUAACCAAAACCAGUUAGAGAGAGUAGGCAUUGCAUCCUGUAAUAUUGCUACUGCUGUGUUUUGUGUAUAUGUGUAUGGUUAAUAUAUUUAUGUUUUUUAGUAUUUACAGACUGUAGUUGCAGGGUAAUUGGCAGCUGUACUCUGUUUUUGUACAAGACAGGAGUUCAGCAUCUUCUUCAAUACUGCUGGUCAUGCCAAAUUAUCAAAGUCAGUUAAUGGUGCUCAUUGAAAACUGCUGGUGCAGUUUUUCAUGUUGUAAUGUCAUGAAGGCAAAAGACCAAAGGCUCACCUGAUGGAAACUGGCAUCUGAAAAUGCUCCACAAGUUUGCAUCGAGCUCACAAGCAAGCCCUAAAGGGCUCUGAGCCCUGCAAGAAGCUCCUGGUUCAGCUGAAGCAGCCAGGAGAAGUUGAAGUUAGAUCUUGUAAGGUUGAGCCCACUGACCCUGCCAGGAAUGAUCCCUUCCCACAGGUGGCACAAGGAACAAGGGCAGCUGUGUUAACACUGUACAAACCCUUCAGAAAUGCCUCCAGUGCUCUUUGGCAAAUGUCCAUACUCUGCCCAAACUUCUGUAUAUAAUAAGCAUUUUAUUCUUUAGAACAACUAUUAGCUCUAGUGGGAACUGAGUAUUUAUCAAAACUUUGGACUAAUUUUAUAGUUAUGUAUCAUGCAUGUGCUGUGCAGUUUCCCAGGGAAUUCUUCUGUUUGGUUUGAAAUCUUUUAAGUGGGCAUCAUCAUCACUGCUAGCCAUUCUAAAAUUGACAAAGUAAUUGUAACAUUUAAGAAAAUGAGAAGAGAUUGGUAAGAUGUUGUUAGUGCAGCCUUAAGGAUUCAAAAAAUACAUCUAUAAGAAGUCGUCCUCAGUUCUUUUGAAUACUUAAUUCAGUGUAAAAUAAAUGUCAGCUGCAUGGCAUGUUCAGUCUUGUACCAAGUUCACAGACACAAAUUUGAGGUCAUAUUCCAAAUCCCUGUUCCUGACAAACUACAAGUCUGAAAAUAUUUUUUCCCAUUCAUCCCCUAGGACAAAACAUGUUGUGUAGAGCAGAAAUUCAUGUGAUCAAACAGAAAGUCUCCUGCAAAACUGUAUCAGCAAGUAUUUUCAAAAGGAAAAAAGAAAUGUGUUUGUAAACAUUAAAUUUUAAACUAUUUUGCUUUGAAUAUGAUUAUGAUCUUUUUCUCUUAUGUUAUUUUGUGAUAUGUCAGAAAUAUCUGUGAAUAGUUGAAAUACCUUGUCCUUAUUU